AAACAAAAAGAAAACAAUAAAAAUACUGUAUUUAAAUACUCCAAUAAUACUAAAAAGUAUUUAGCAAAGAAGUAUUUCUUUAGCAAGUACCAUUUUUUCUUUCUCUGCCUGGAAAAAAAGUUAAAAAAAAAGAAAAAAAAGAUUAACCGUACAACAAAACAAUGCACAGCCUCCACACAAUGGACCAGAGCUUAUCAUUUGACAUCAUCACCAAAGGUAUAUAAACAAGAAGAAGCGUAUCAAAGUAACGGAGAAGACAACGUAUUUUUGGCGUUUCACAUUUGAAAACCUUCGAUCUCGAUUAUCAAGUCAGUAAUGUAGAUAAGAAAGUCCGAGCAAACUAUUGGCCUUUGUCCUAGCUUGACACAACAGAUUUGUUUUUCUCCUAACAAAAAAUCUUUUUCGAUGGUGAUGCGCGUGUAAAACGGUCUCGUGUGAAGUGAAAGUGGAUUAAUAAAAAAGCUUCUGGCACAUUAUAGCUCUCCGAAAAUAGUGGUGCAAAAUUAUUGUGCAUAAUGGACGGCUCGCCAACAAGCAUCGAGAACCAGAUUGACAACUUUUUGGAGCAGUUCAAACGCAGUGGCUCCUUGGCUAUGGAGGAUCAUCAUCACUGGCGGUCCAGCCUUUACAACGUCAGUAGCAUUAGUCACAGCUACAGCGGUAACCUCGAUCUCGAGAUCCUCGAAGCCGAGGAUGUCGAGAGUAUGACUGGGGAGAUCGAGAACGGAGACCUGGCCGUUCGAGACGUCGCGGACCUCUUGCAGCCCCAGUAUUCCGUCAUAACUGGUGGUAAGACGCGUGAUGGAUGCCCCAUUAUUACAUUUCCAGACAACGGCAACUUCCAUAACUUGAGCGAUCUCGACUACCAGCGACUGAUGCUGUACCUCACAUCAGUUCCAACUUUACACGAGGCUGACUUGGGGUUUCACUUAAUCAUCGACAGAAGGAACGACAAGUGGAAUUCUGUGAAAACUGUACUCUUGAAAAUAUCCGCGUUCUUUCCCGGCCUGGUUCACGUGGCGUACGUACUUCGUCCAAUAGGCUUCCUCCAAAAAGCUAUCUCCGAGGUGUCCAACAAGCUCUUCUGCAAAGACUUUAAGUUUCGAGUGAUCGUGCUGGCGGACGUUGUCGAGCUUCACGGCUUCAUCGACAAGGACCAGCUGACCGAGUCUCUUGGGGGCGAUUUGCCUUACUGCCAUCACACUUGGAUAAAGAACCGAAUCAACCUCGAGAAGUUCUCGUCGAUGACGCAGGACGUGUCUUUGGCCCUGGACUCGUACACGCGUCGGCUCACCGAAGUGGAGUUCCCGAACAACACGCUCGCGACGACGACUCUGCUGAGCCAGCAACAGGCAGAGUACAACGAGCUCAAGGAGGAGAUACUCGGCGCGGCUAGCAACGGCGAGGCGCUACUCGACAGCGUCAGACAGCUCACCGGCAAGGGCACCGCUGACCGGCUGGGAAAUGUCGCUGCGGUCGAAAGGUUACUGGUGCAGCUGGAGGAGACGGAACGGACGUUCGACCUAUUCUGGACGCACCACAGCUCUCGGCUGCGACACUGCCUGGCACUACGCCAAUUCGAGCAGGACUUCCGGGAGCUGCAGGCGAGUCUGGACCAGCACUUGAAAACUCUCGACGAGAUGACCGAAGUCGGCGAGACCGUCACUAGGGUCGACCAACUAUUGCGGGAUACCUCCGCCUUCCAGAGAAUAUGCCGGGGAGACAUCGAGCGAGCCGAGGAAGUGAUCACAGCCGGGCAGCGAUUGCUGUCCGGUAGGCACCAAUGUCCGGCCGAGGUCGUCGAGCCCAAAUGCGCCGAAUUGCAGAGGGUUUGCACGAUACUCGGCCAAAGGCUCGAGCGCAGAUUGCACACCCUCAACAAGUGCCGUGAGCUCAUGGAACAAAUAGACAAGGCAAACACGUGGUGUACGCGUGGAAUAGAGUUGUUGGCUGCCCAGAACAGCUCGACACCACCCGACCAGGCUCUGCAGGAGCUCCAGUCGUUGAUCGAGACUGCGGAAGAGUUCCAUCAUCCGACAAGUGUGUUCGAAGACUCGAUAAUACCGGAGACCAAAGCCCUCGUGACACAGGUCUUGCAGAGGAUAGAAGAUGUGUCUCUGAUGUGUGAUAAGAGGAUUAUGGCGCUGAAGCAGCAGCUGAUGAAACCAACGAGGCCUAUACAAACCGUGACUCCAGAGCCAGCUAAGCCCUUACAGCCAGCUCCGCAGUGUAUCAGGCCGGGACGGGUCUUGAAAAAAGCGAAUACGAUGCCAAGGAUGGAAAUGGUUCCACCCAAUGAAGUGGGUGAGAUUUCAUCACCAGAAAGUGAGCCCCGAGAUAUUGAAGCGCUACGCCAGAAGCGUGGCCAUGUGCUCACCGAGUUGCUCGAGACCGAGCGCAUUUACGUAGCAGAGCUUGGCUCGAUAAUUAAGGGCUACAAGCUGGAGAUGAACAACGAGGCCAUGACUCAUCUAGUGCCUGCGGCUCUACUCGGCAAGGCUGACCUUCUCUUUGGAAAUCUCGAGGACAUUUACAUUUUUCAUAGCGACACCUUCUUGAGAGAUCUUGAGAACUGCAUAUCCAACACGGAACUUGUUGCGUUGUGCUUUGUGCAAAGGAGGGAUACAUUCUACAGGCUGUACAGCUACUAUUGCCAGAAUAUACCGCGUUCGGAACGAUUGCGUGAGCAGAUCCAAAACGAGCCGCAAUUCUUCCUCGCUUGUCAGCAAAAGCUUGGCCACAAGCUACCACUUGCAGCUUACCUCCUCAAACCCGUGCAGCGGAUCACCAAGUACCAGCUGCUGCUCAAGGAUUUGCUCAAGUACAGCGACGAGCAGUCAAGCUGCAGUGAGCUCCAAGAGGCCCUCGACUGCAUGCUCGUCGUACUCAAGUGUGUUAAUGACAGCAUGCACCAGACUGCCAUCACCGGCUUUGGGGGUGACUUGAGUGCCCAGGGCGAGCUCCUUCUGCAGGGAUCUUUUAGCGUCUGGAGCAGCAAUAAGAAGGAUCGACUGCUUCGCCUUAAGCCAUCGCAGCGGCACAUUUUUUUGUACGAAAAGUCUGUGAUAUUUUGCAAGCACAGUAAGCCUCAAGCGCACACCAAAGCAACUUACCAUUUCAAGCGGUAUUUAAAAACGUCACAAAUCGGUUUGACGGAGUCUGUUAAAGGCGACACUAGAAGAUUCGAAAUUUGGCUACAGGGUCGUUCGGAGGUUCACACGAUCCAAGCAUCGAGCAUCGAUGUCAAACACGCCUGGGUGCGCCAGAUCAAAGCCGUCCUCAUGUCCCAGCUUGCGGAGCUCAAGGGCAAGCAGAAUACGGCUCUACUUAGCAAAACCGGCCAUAAGUAUGGACCUCUGCGCCAGACAAUCUCAUGGGAUGCCCAUAGCAGCUUGUCGGGCUCGCUGCGGACAUUGUCGGUCGACAGUAACAGUAUGACCUCGCACUUGACAGAUGCCUCAUUGUCGACGGAAAACGACGACGUCGGCUGGAGCUCGGAAAACAGCAAUACGGACGACGAGGACGCCUUUGCCGACGUUGCCGGGCCGGCUCCUGGCGGCCGCUACGUGGCGCUGGCCGACUAUUGCGCAAUGGGCCAGUCGGAGGUGACGAUGCGCGAGGGCGACCAGUUGGAACUGCUCAAGGUCGGCUGCGCCGGUUGGUGGUUCGUCAAGCUGGUCGGGGCCGGGAUCGAGGGCUGGGCACCAGCCUCCUAUCUGGAGCCGAUCAGCCGUAAGGCGUCGGUGCGCGGCGGGACCUCGCUCCACAGCACCAGUCACCAGCAUCUCGAGGCCAUGUGAAACAGGCGACUAACACAUUAGACGCGUCUUGAUUCAUCCGCCAGUCGCGAUUUGGUUUGUUAGUCGACGAAUACAUCAUAUAUGUGUUUCAAGUCGUAUUUUUAUCGUGAGAAGUUGUUACGAUUUUUUCGUCUUUUUUUGCUGUACAUAGCAAGGGUUAAUUAUUUUAACGAAUAACUAGUGACAAAUGGUAAAAACUAAUGGUAAUAAAUAACUAAGUCCAGAUUGAGGACUAAAAAUACAAUUUGAUAACUUCAGUUGUAACUUCUUGUUGAUUAUUAUUCUCUCAUAAAUUUCUACAAGAUUGAUUAUUGUCCUUAUUGACAAUGAAAUUAUGCGUACAAAAAAUUUAUAACAAUACUUGAUAAUAACUAUUAGAAAGAUGAAUAUUAUUAUCGUCUCAAAUCUGGAGUUGAUCAUUUGUUAUUAGUUAUUUCCACUUUCCUUUCUGAAUAAUGAAACGCGUAAGAUAACUUUUUCUUAAGAUAUAUUAUACACUUACUUAUGCAUCGUUUAACUUAUACUGUACAUACUUACUUUGUUACGUUUCUUUUUCUGCAAACAUUUUUUUUAUGAGUUGAUAGAUUGACUGUACAUAAAAAAUUAUGGAAAUUUACGAAUCAUUUAAUUUAUUAAUUAUUUUUUUAUGUGGUGCCUGAUUACUUGUUUGUGAGGACAAGGUAUAGAUACUUUUGUUUUGAUAAAUAUGACACGUAUGAUUAUGGAAAAUUACGAAAAAUUACGCAUUUUUCAAUAAAAAAGAGACCUACACUACCCAAGCGAAAAUUAUCUCAUUCCUUUAAUUAUUUAUAAAAAAAGUAGCCAAAAAUAAUAAUAAAGUCCACAUUUGACACUACAACAACAUUCAUAUUUCUAAUAGUUACUACUAGUUAACUUUUUUUCUUUUUAGAAAUUAAAUUGAAGAAUGUGAUUUUAUUUUAUUAUCGAAUAACGACAAUAAACAAUGUUUACAAACAAACAAUAAUUUAUAAGGACUUUCAUCAGAUUCUUAAAAAUUUUGUUUUAAUUGAUAACUAAAAAUAGCUUUCAUGGGUUUAGGUAUAUGUUUUAGGUAAUGAUAGGUCAUACCAGGUAUUAUCAGUUACUUUUUUGUUGUACACUUCAAGUUGUCAUUUAUAAAAAAAAA